CCCCUCGCGCCACCAAUGGGGCGCGGCGACACAUCGGCCAAUCCUGGGAGGGCUUGUGAUUUCCAUGGCAGCGCCGCAGCGGACAGAGCGGACUAGGAGCCUGACGAAGCUUGGAGGCGCAGCGGGAACGGCAGGGACAGGAUGGGGUCCGUGAGGAGACCCCCGGCAGCUUCUUCAUGGUCUGAAUCAUUUACGUGGCACAGGUGAUCUGCUUCAGUCGCGUGAGGUACCAUUCUGCGGGAAGAUGGUUGGCAAACUCAAGCAGAACCUGCUGCUGGCGUGCCUGGUGGUAAGCUCAGUGACGGUCUUCUACCUGGGCCAGCACGCCAUGGAGUGCCACCACCAGAUGGAGGAACGCAGGCAGAUAGUCCGUCCGGAGCCAGUCAGGGCCACUUCGAGAGCUGGUUCGGGUUCGCCAGAGAACGCCACCCUGGCCUACCACAAAGACAUGCCCUUGAUCUUCAUUGGAGGGGUCCCUCGGAGUGGCACCACAUUGAUGCGGGCGAUGCUGGACGCUCACCCGGACAUCCGCUGCGGGGAAGAGACGCGGGUGAUCCCUCGGAUCCUGGCUGUCAAGCAGAUGUGGGCUCGGUCGAGCAAGGAGAAGAUCCGGCUCGAUGAGGCUGGCGUCACGGACGAGGUCUUGGAUUCGGCUAUGCGGGCAUUCUUGCUGGAGAUCAUUGUGAAGCAUGGGGAGCCAGCCCCGUACCUGUGCAAUAAGGACCCCUUUGCCCUCAAGUCCCUGGCGUACCUUGCCCGGAUCUUCCCCAACGCCAAGUUUGUCUUGAUGGUGAGGGACGGCCGGGCCUCCGUCCACUCCAUGAUCUCCAGGAAGGUCACCAUCGCUGGCUUUGACCUCAGCAGCUACAGGGACUGCUUGACCAAGUGGAAUCGCGCCAUAGAGACCAUGUAUAACCAGUGCUUGGAGGCUGGCUUGGACCGUUGCAUGAUGGUCCAUUACGAGCAGCUUGUCUUGCACCCCGAGAGGUGGCUACAAACGCUCCUCAAGUUCCUCCGCAUCCCGUGGGACCCUGCCGUUUUGCACCACGAAGAAAUGAUUGGGAAAGCCGGGGGCGUCUCCCUCUCAAAAGUUGAAAGAUCUACCGACCAAGUAAUCAAGCCAGUGAAUGUGGAAGCUUUGUCAAAAUGGGUGGGGAAAAUCCCCGACGACGUCCUUCACGACAUGCCUGUGAUCGCCCCGAUGCUGGCGAAACUUGGCUAUGACCCCUACGCCAACCCCCCUAACUAUGGGAAGCCGGAUCAGAAAGUUUUGGAAAACACUAGAAGGGUCUACAAAGGAGAAUUUCAGCUUCCCGACUUUCUCAAAGGAGUGCCACAGCUGCGGAAGACAGUAGAAAGGAAGCCCCAGGCCGAGAUAAAAUGAUUGAGGAGCUGAUGUGAAAGCUGAUGUGCUGAAAUAGAAGUCCUGGCGGAGUUAAUUGUGCUUAAUUGGAACGUCAGCUGCCUUUUUGAGGAAAGCAUUGGGGUGGAAUCGUCAAGAACCUGCUGAGCUGUUCUGUUUGUUCAGAUUUUUUUAUUUCAUCCUGUGGUUUUUGUUUUGCUUUUUAAAAAGGGGGUAUAUUUGUGGGAGGGGAAGGGGGUUGUGCACACAUGUUAACCCUCUGUGUCUUAGUCCUCGUGCCAUUGACUCCAGAGUGGCCCCUCUGCAAUGCUGGAGCUAUUUUGAGUGAGUGAUUCCAGGAUCACUGCACCAAAGAGGGUACACUGCAGCUGGAGAUCUCUUCUGUGCAAACCUCUUCAGAACGAGUGGACAGCGAGCAAAAGUGCUUAGCUGUGCACACACGCCAUUUGGUAUCCACAGUGCUUGUGCAGGAGACGUUCUCCGUGAAUUCAUCCCAUGACCAAAUUCUUAAGACUCGUUGCUGGAAAUCCAGGACUGUCUUUCUCCAUUUACACAGCUCCUCUGAAAGCCAUAGGAGCAGAGAUUGUUUGGACUGAGCUUGGAGAUGCCUAGGCUGCCUGUCUUUUCUCUCUUGUUCUUGCACCUUAGUUUUUACCAGAGCGGGUUUUUGUAAAAAAACAAAACAAAACACAGAUUUGGAAUGUCAAA